CCUCAGCUCUUACCGUGCGAUACCGUCUCACGUCGCUGUCGUCUCCUAUCAGCCUAGCAUAGCGCGAGUGGAACAAUGAGCUACUACUUUGUCAUCGUCGGCACCCGCGACAAUCCACUCUACACGGCCGACCUAGCCUCCAAGCCGAGCACGUCUUCGGGAGCCGCCUCCUUCUUCUCCUCUUCCUCCUCGUCCUCGUCCAAUCAGCAAAGCAGCCUAAACAGCGCUUCUCAAGACGAUAGUAUAGCAGGAGGAGCAUCGCAGGCUAGCUCAGGAGGGCUCUUUGGCUUUGGAGGAGCCCUAGGUGCGCUGGCGGGGGGCCUCUCCUCCUCCUCCGCCUCGUCUCGUACCACUGGAGGCGGUAGCGGCUCGGCUGCCGGAGCCUCGGGUGGGGGCGCAGGCUCGGAAGAAGGCAAGGGAAUUGGCUUUGGUAGAUACAAUGAUAAGCAUGUACUGCAGAUGAUUGCGCAUAGCUCGUUGGACGUUGUAGAGGAUAAGCAGUUCACAAAUGGGUUGAUGUAUAUGAAAGCGGUAGACAGGAUCAACGAGUGGACAACCUCGGCGUUCCUUGUACCAGGCAACGUCAAAUUCCUCAUUCUGCAUGAACACAAGCACGACGAUGGUAUCCGGAACUUCUUCCUGGACAUCUGGGAGCUCUGGGUCAAGAUCGUACAAAAUCCUUUUCACGAUCUCAACGCCCCGAUCAUCUCGCAGUCAUUCGACACAAAGGUGAAAGCAAGCGCUCGGAAGCAUCUGUAGAGGCAUGGCAAGCGAAGCAAGAGGUCGACGGGCGCUAGAUGGGUAGCAUUUGAUCUUUUCUAUUUGUACAAUAAUAAUGAUAUCUCACGUCACGCAGCCAGACAACGGAGGACAAGGAGAACAUGCAGGUGGGAUCAUUGGCCUUUCAGAGCUUGGCUGCCUUGGGCGCCUUGUCCGAUUCGAGCUUCUCGCGCACCAUACCUUCC